CGCCUUGCUCGCUCUCUCCCAUCCCCCCAGGCCAGUUGCUCUGCUGCGCAGCUUCCUUAACGGUGGCCGCUGCUGGAGACAGUUGGGAAAACCGUUGUGCGGAGCGUUCCGCGAGGCGAACGGCUUCUCCCUCCGCACGACCGCAGCCCGCGAGCACCGGAGACAGCCUUACUAUCGCCCGUCAGGGUAUCUGAAGUAAAAGGGGGUGAAUAAAGUGAAAUCCAGAGAAGUGUGAGAGAUGAGGGGAACGCUAGAGUUGGCCUUAAGAUGACACGAUUAAGAAAUUGUUUAAAGAUUCUGGUAGUGGAAUUAGCAUUUAAAUCAAACGGUAUUGAGAUGGAUUGGGUUAUGAAACAUAAUGGUCCAAAUGACGCUAGUGAUGGGACAGUUCGACUUCGUGGAUUGCCAUUUGGUUGCAGCAAAGAGGAAAUAGUUCAGUUCUUUCAAGGGUUGGAAAUCGUGCCAAAUGGGAUAACAUUGACGAUGGACUACCAGGGGCGAAGCACAGGGGAGGCCUUCGUGCAGUUUGCUUCAAAGGAGAUAGCAGAAAAUGCUCUGGGGAAACACAAGGAAAGAAUAGGGCACAGGUAUAUUGAGAUCUUCAGAAGUAGCAGGAGCGAAAUCAAAGGAUUUUAUGAUCCACCAAGAAGAUUGCUGGGACAACGACCGGGACCAUAUGAUAGACCAAUAGGAGGAAGAGGGGGUUAUUAUGGAGCUGGGCGUGGAAGUAUGUAUGACAGAAUGCGACGAGGAGGUGAUGGAUAUGAUGGUGGUUAUGGAGGUUUUGAUGACUAUGGUGGCUAUAAUAAUUACGGCUAUGGAAAUGAUGGCUUUGAUGACAGAAUGAGAGAUGGGAGAGGUAUGGGAGGACAUGGCUAUGGUGGAGCUGGUGAUGCAAGUUCAGGUUUUCAUGGUGGUCAUUUUGUACAUAUGAGAGGGUUGCCUUUUCGAGCAACUGAAAACGACAUUGCUAAUUUCUUUUCACCACUAAAUCCAAUAAGAGUUCAUAUUGAUAUUGGAGCAGAUGGAAGAGCAACAGGAGAAGCAGAUGUAGAGUUUGUGACACAUGAAGAUGCAGUAGCUGCCAUGUCUAAAGAUAAAAAUAACAUGCAACAUCGAUACAUUGAACUCUUCUUGAAUUCUACUCCCGGAGGCGGCUCUGGAAUGGGAGGUUCUGGCAUGGGAGGCUAUGGCAGAGAUGGAAUGGAUAAUCAAGGAGGAUAUGGAUCUGUUGGAAGGAUGGGAAUGGGGAACAAUUACAGUGGAGGAUAUGGUACUCCUGAUGGCUUGGGUGGCUAUGGCCGUGGCGGUGGAGGGAGUGGUGGCUACUAUGGGCAAGGUGGCAUGAGUGGAGGCGGAUGGCGUGGGAUGUACUGAAAGCGUGACACCAACACACAAGUCCUAACAACAGCAUCUGGUCUACUAGACUUUCUUACAGAUUUAAUUUCUUUUGUAUUUUAAGAACUUUAUAAUGACUGAAGGAAUGUGUUUUCAAAAUAUUAUUUGGUAAAGCAACAGAUUGUGAUGGGAAAAUUGUUUUCUGUAGGUUUUAUUUGUUGCAUACUUUGACUUAAAAAUAAAUUUUUAUAUUCAAACCACUGAUGUUGAUACUUUUUAUAUAUACUAGUUACUCUUAAGAUGUGCUGCCUUCAUAAAAUUUGGGUUGAUGUAUUUUUGUCAGCUCUACAAAAUGUAGUGUAGCCUAAUAUUAGAGGGUAAUGGUUCACUUCUACAUAAACUGCAAGUCUUAAAAGCAGACAUCUGGAAUAGAGCUUGACUAAUUAGUGUAACUUUUUUUCUUUAAUUUCUUCUGGUCAGCACUGUAAAUAUAAAACCUAAAGAUGAGUUUAGGUGGCUUUAGGAGUAUAAAUUCAGCUAAUUCUACUUUCUUUUUCAAAUAUCAGGUGCAGUUUUGAAAUGUUGAUGAUUGAGUACAAGUUACCUGGAUUUCUGAAUAUUCAUAAAUGUUACCUAGGGACGGGAGUGUUGGAAGUUUAAAUGCUAGCCCUAGAUUUUAGAAUAAAAUCCCCUCAGCACUUGGCCCAAGCACCAAAAAUGUUUCCCAAAAGUGAGAGUCCUAAGUUAUCUCAAGAUGUCAUAGAGUAAGUUUCUCAGUGAUGUGAGAAUUGAGGUAUUUACUGUGGAGUAUAAUUCUCACAGAUGUACUUUCAGUUUCUUACCCAGUCGAGUAUAUGGUUUUUAAAUAUUUGUAUAAGUGACUACAUCAAAACAAUGUAAGAGACAAAUCUAUGUUAUAUAAGAAUCCUGCAGUUGGAGUCUGCAUCUGGUAACAGCUUGGCAUUUUAGUUAAAAAUACUAUAUGUAGCAAGGAAAAGGUGCUUUUUAAUUUUAUCACUUUGAUCAGUAUGGCUUUCUUUUCCAAAUUGGCUAAUGGAUAAAAAUGAAACCUGUCAAUGUGAAUUCAUUUAUUGAACUUGUUACUUGUUUUGCUAGAAAUGUUAUGUAAUAAACGUCUGUGUGGGAGAUAA